GGUGACGUAGCACGCAGCUGCCGUGUUUGGUUGUGGUCGGAGCAAGAAAGCUAGGUAGGGAUCAAGGAAAUCUGAAGCAUCGCAGAUAAACACCCUAAAGAGGUGUGAACCCAGCGAGCACUCAGCUGCCACAAUACCAAGAGGACAGUGAAAAGGCCCGAUUGAGUCUUUCAUACAGCGAGGGUCAACAUGUCUGAGACAUACGACUUCCUGUUUAAGUUUCUGGUGAUUGGCAGUGCCGGCACGGGGAAAUCCUGUCUCCUCCACCAAUUUAUUGAGAACAAGUUUAAACAGGACUCCAACCACACCAUCGGCGUGGAGUUCGGUUCCCGUGUGGUUAAUGUUGGUGGAAAGACGGUCAAACUGCAGAUCUGGGACACUGCAGGACAAGAGAGAUUCCGAUCUGUUACACGCAGCUACUACAGAGGAGCAGCUGGAGCACUCCUCGUCUAUGAUAUUACCAGUCGGGAAACGUAUAACGCCCUGACCAACUGGCUGACAGAUGCACGGACUCUGGCGAGCCCCAACAUCGUUAUUAUCCUGUGCGGCAACAAGAAAGACCUGGAUGCAGACAGAGAGGUGACCUUCCUGGAGGCCUCGCGCUUUGCUCAGGAGAACGAGCUGAUGUUCCUGGAGACCAGCGCUCUGACAGGGGAGAAUGUCGAGGAGGGUUUCCUGAAGUGCGCUCGCACCAUCCUCAACAAGAUAGACUCAGGUGAGCUGGACCCAGAGAGGAUGGGUUCAGGUAUUCAGUAUGGAGACGCUUCAUUGAGGCAGCUGCGACAGCCGAGAGGCACCACCACACAGAAUAAACAGCAGUGUAAUUGCUAGGGAUGGGGGGCCCCAUCCCUCACCUCCGACCACAGGCCCACACGGACAGGACGACCCCUACAGCUCCAGGUGUUUUUUGGUGUGUGGGACCCUUCUCUCUGCAGUCUCACACACCUUGGAUCACCUGGACAAGUGGUCAUGGAGAUCACUGCAACUGCUUUGCCCCUGUGUCUGGGCAGGGAAACCCCUCAGUGUGAACGCACUCGGAUCGUAAAGAAGAGGGAUCCUCUUCUUGACAAAUUGGUUUCUCUUUUACUCGCCAGACAAGGACUAAUCAGUGGUUGUGUGUAUGGGCUGCCCUACUGUUGUUUUAUCUCUAUGCUUAUUCAUUCUGGUUUUAAUAACAAGUACUUGCUUUCUAUGUUUGCACAUCAUCGUUUAUAAAUUAUUAUUGGUUAGCUGUUUUUUUCACAUAUUCAUCAUUCAGCCUAUCCGGACAGGAUUUAGGAUUAGUUUGUUCAGCGCUUUUGCGUUUUAACGUUGAUAAAAGCACCUGUUUGGCAUUUUGCUUUUUUUUAUCCAUUAUUCGAGUUAAGUGUAUGUUCCAUAAAUUCAGCUUGUCACUGGUAGUGAUAAACAGUCUAAACAUCUCCUCCUAUUGGUCAUAUAAAGGAAACUAAACUAGAAUUGCCGUAGAUGGAAUGUAAAUGGGAAACCAGAUACAACGCAAGUUUCCGCAGCUGUUCUGCAACUUUUCCCCAAUCCAAGUGGAAGCAGCUAAUCAACGCGGUACAGUGUAGUUAAGAUUUUUAAAGUCCUACAGGCCCGAAUGUUAGAGCCAAAUUUCUUUUUUCAUGCUAAAAUGUGUGCUACAUUGAGUCAACAUUUUUGGUUUGCAUUAAAAUGCAAUAUUAUGUCAUGAGUGUUGGCCUUAGUAGUGUACUUAAUAUUGUGGAUCUACAGCAUAUUAUUUCUAGUCACCUUGUCUCUAAACUGUAAAAGGGAGCAGUCCAUUAACUCCACUCAACAUGCACAUGGUCGAGCCUGUGGGUCAGGUUUAAAGCACAAAAAGAAGAGAUACUGCUCUUUAUUUUACUCCAAAGUUCCCAAAGUCUGUAGAUUUGCAUUAUCAGAUGUAGCUCCAGUGUCUCCGGUCCUAACACAAAGUAAAGUUUAAAAAAGGGUCAUCAAUCAAUCAAAGCUAACAAUGUCUUCGACCCCUCCCGUUUGGCUUUUUCUUUGUUUUUUCUUUGACCUCCCUUUAAUUUAUUCUGCACAUAAGGGACGUCACAGGAAACCACAGUUGGUUUUGCCUCAGUGCCAUGUUUGGGAAACUUUCUUACUGCCCACUCAAUUCCCUCAUACAGCCUCAACACUGUUUGUACGCCUUGAUAAAAGUCAGGUUUCUGUUUUGUUUUUUUGUUUUUUUUUAAAUAUAGUUCACAAGUCUUCACCCCCUACAUCAGGCGCAGAAGCAUCUCUGCUCUGCUGCAGAACGUCAGAGUUUUUCUGAGCUGACCCAGAUGUUUUCUCCUCAGAGCAGACCUUGUGUUGCCCCAGAGAGAAACGGGGAAUUUCCACUGAAACAUGGUUUCCUCUUUCUGUGAAACACUGACAGCGUGGUUUGUGGUGCUGCGGGAGGAGAAUGAGGUUGUGAGUUAAUAAGUGAAAAACAUCCCAAACUCUCCUGCCCUACUGUUGAGUCAAAGGCACUGCUUCUGUCUGAACCACUGAGAGCAGGUCAUAGUGACCCAGAAGAAAGGAGACCAAAACAAAACUGCCUGCAAAGCCUAAUUCUCCUGUCUUCUCCUCAAGUGUUAGCAUAUGUCCUCCCACACAAACCAUAUGCGUUUUCAGCUCAAGUGAGCAAGCACACAUGAGAUAAUAUGAUAUCAAGACAGAUGGCCCAAAAAAACCAAAAAAACAAAAGUCGUUUUCAUAAAAUAUUGGCAUUGUGUGACAGUUUGUCUCCUUCUGCAAGUGCACUUUUACUUUGGAAUUUUCAUUGUUUGUUUUUGUUUAUAUGCUGCAACUAUAGAACUGUACAUUUAUUUUACUUGAACAGUAUGCUGUAAUAAAGGUUUUAAUUGUA